ACUGUCAGGUUGUUCCAAGAAAUCACAAUUCUCACUCCGAAAAAGUUUGUUUCUCAGUCAAUUAUGUUUACUCGUCACAUUGGACUAAUGUGAUGCACCUCCUUACUGUAAGUACGACCGAAUUAUUUACCCAGCCAGUUUAAUUUUUAGUCUUUCAUGAGAUACGCUAUCGAAAUCCUUGGCAAAGUUUAGGUAUAUAUUAUAAAUAUUGUCACCACUCUACAUAAUUUAUGUCCACUUUAAUUGCGUCAAGUGUGCAGAUCAACUCAUUGUUCUUAUACUUGCAUUGACUCAAUAUGUACAUUUGAUGUAACCAAUGGGAACUAGCGCCACAAUAUUAUAAAAUGACUAUCUAUCUAUGUGUCUACCUCACUAACCUGGGUGUAAUAGUGACGCCGUGUGAGAGAGACAAUCAGUGGUGACAGCCUUCGUUUGUUGAUCAACCGUUGGGCAGCGGAUCGAAGUCGGAGAAGGUGUUUUAGUCUGUCCCACUUACGCCUCGCCAACGAUUUCACCUGCCCAGUACAGGCGCCCCCAGCGUACCCAUAUUUUCAGUUGCUUGAUGACGAUUUCAACGAAGGUAAAAUAUACUCAGCCGGUUUGGUGUUCUUGGGUCCCAUUACUCGACUGGACACUACAGAAUUCAAGGUCUGAGAAGCAAGUAACUCAACUCAGUACACUGAGACUGUGCAGAGUCAAUAUGUGGUGUUCAAGAAAAAUUUAUUCUGCCCGGUGAGUUACAGGAUAUAAAAAGUUCUAGUAGCUGUAAAUUUCUUACAUUAAGCCUAUAACAAAAAAGAAGAUAUGACUGAAAAUAUUCAGAAAUAAUUUUGAAAUUUGAAGUGACUAGGUGAGCCCAUAAUUACUUACAAUAUGUUCUUGAGAAAUUGUUUUGUAUUCUUAAGUAGCUUGAUGCAGGAUGGUUGACUGGGAAACUAGUAAGUUAGAACUGCAUGCAGGAAGAAUGCAUGUAGUUGCAAAAGAUUCCAGUUCUUUUCCUGUCAAUGAAAUGUUACAAGAUGAUGAAACUGAGCUUAAUGUGAUGGACUUUGUUGAAACCGAGUACAAAUCUGAGAAAUGUGAAGAUUUAGGAAUUAGACAAAGUUCAUCAGGUAGCCCAGAAAAUCAUAAACGUAUGAGAGUAAAAAUCAGCCGCAAAGAUUUACACGGCGAGGUAGAUAAUGAAUGUGAUGCAAGAACAGACUCUGUAUCGCUGACUACAGACCAAGUACAGGUAAAAAUUAGGAAGAAAAAUAAAUUUGCAAAAAAUCCUACAUUAACAGUGGAACCAAGUAAUAAUUUAGAUGUUUCAUUGCAUUAUCCAUAUGCAACUUGUUUGAAAAGUCUUUGUGAUGAAGUAGGGGAUGUUCAAAUUCCUUCUUCAGAUUCAUUUUCAAUGAAAAUAUUUGACCAGCUCCGACAAACUGACGUACAUUAUCCAUAUGCAUCUCUUCUGGAAGAGCUUCAUCAGAAUGCCGAAGCUGAGUCCACCAACAUUCCGUCCACAUUGGAAGAAUCGUUUCAACAGGACUCACUGGAGUUAGGAAUUGCUGAUGUUAUGAGAAGUCUCCAUUAUCCAACUAGAAUGAAUGAAAAUUCAAGCAACUUUGAAGAUUCUGCAAUAGAGAGCUUUGAGGCACCAUUUAGUACUAUGCUGUUGGGUAUGGUUAUGCAACAAAAAAUCCAAGAUUACGCACGGAACCAAUCAGAUAAAGUGAAUUCAGUCGGUGAUUUCAGAGGCAUAGGUGAAAUUCUAAAGACAUCUAUGCCUAAGUCACUAGAAGAUGACCCUCCUCCAAGUGAACUGCACUCAUCUGCUCUCCUUCGAAAGUUAUCCCUUUUAGCACAACAGAAUCAAGAGAUGACAAAAGGAAGCUCUUUUCAUGACAGUAGUGAUGAUGAGCGAGAGCAGAUCUUGCUGUGGUCAACAUCUGAGUCCUCCCAUAGUGAAGAUGAUGACCUUGAGUGGAAGCCAACAAAUUGGAAAUCAAAGCAAGUGACAACUGUUGUAAACAUUCCCAAAAAACGUAAAUCGAGAAGAAAGAAGAAAGGAGUAAUUGAAAAACAUAAUAAUGUAAAUAUGAAUGUUCCUAGCUCUUCUCAAGAUUAUUGUACUAACACAGGACAAAAGCAUUCAAGUUCUACAGGAGAAUUUGAAAAUGAGUUUUUGGGAUCACCAUCAGUUGCACCAUCUAGACUUUUGCAGCUCAUUAUGGGUAGUGUUCAGAACGAUUCAAGGAAUAUUGUGACAGAAGAAUCCCAUAGGGUCUCACAAGUAGGAAAGAGGAAAAAUAAAUCGUGUAGACAAAGUUUACGGCGCAGUAAAAGAAAAACCAAAAGAAAGAGUGUUAUCAACAACAUCCAGAGAGAUAAUUGUGAUUGGAAAAUCAGACUGCAGAAUGCAGACAGUAGUUUGAAGAAUAAGAGGCAGGUGCAAAAUGAAGAAAUUUUGUCAGUGAUCAAUAGUGAAGCUGAAGAAAAUGACCCUCUGAACAAUCUGUCAUGUACAGCAAAAACAAGUGAACCACAGAGUCUCCUGAAGGAAUAUCUUCUAAAGCCAGCUGGUGAGGAAAUUACUCCAAUAGAGAGCUGUGAUAUACCUAAAGUUGAAACAAAUUUUUUGUUUAGUCGUUUACUUCAAAACUUUAAAAGUUUAGCUGAAUCUAGCCACUCAGAUAAUAAUCCUGAAAGAAGACAAGAAAGUCGCUCAAGUCCCAGUAUCUUAAGAGGAAUGCUAGUGGGAGGGAACAAUAGCAAUGAGCUUCAGAGAAAAAAUCAUGCAGAUGAAGAAACACAAGACAGCAAAAACUUCAUUGAACACAUAAAUGUUUCAGCCAUUCGAAACUCUCCUUCCCAAGAUUCUCUGUUUGAUAGCACUGGUUCUCUGUGUAAAGUUAAGUGUGAACAAGAAAUCAAAAUUGAACUUCAGGAUGAAGUGGUAUGUAAAAUUGAAUGUGAUGAAGACAGUUUUGAAUGCCAAGUGUGUCACCUUCAGUUUUCUUCUGGGAUGGAUCUCUCCAAUCACCAAAUACUCUUUCACUGUAAUGAAGAUCCCCAAUCUUCCAGCUCCCACAAAUUACUACCGUGUAGUGUUGAUGGUUUGCCGAAUAAUGUGCUUCAGGAGAAAUUGCCAGCCUGACAAUGGACUUUUACAGUGCAUUACUUAACUGUGCUUCCCACCAUAAACCAGUUAUCUUCUUGCCAUGCUGGUACUCCACAUGUGCACUGUGCAAUAUGUACAAAUAUUUUAGAGUUAUAAAGUAAAUAGAAUUAACUUGGUUAUAAAGCCUAUAAAUAUGUAUUUAAGUGAAGAUGUUAAAUUUGUAUGUUAUGUAAAAGAUUCAGAAUGUAAUGGAAGUGUUUACUGUCUGUGUAUGGUACAGCUACUUGGUGUUAAGACUGAGUCCGUCCAUAGGAAACAGCCCAUGUGUAAGUAAGGUUAUCUUUCAUUAACGGGCUGUUGUUCAGGAAGUGUGUGCAAUUACUAGCUAAAAUACAUUACUUGUGAUACAGAACAAAUUGUCAUGUCUAUCUCAAUGAGGUGCAAGGUUAGUUUCUUCCAUUAUUAUAUCUGUUGUACUAAAAUGAAGUGCUUUCUUUUUUUCUAGGUUGGGUACUGAGAUUAUAUUGAUUAUUGAUAAGUGAAAUAUACAUUUUUCAGAUGUCUGUGUGUUAGGGUUAUUUCUAUAAAGAUUUCAGCAUUUGUAUAUUAAAAAAAUGCAUUUUAGAAUUGUUAGAGUACAGAUAUUUAAUAAAUUAUUUUAAUAGUAUUGAAAAGAAAAAUUGUGAAGAGAUAUAUUUCACUGUAUAUUUAAGAUGGAGUAAGUGAUUAUAGAUAUUUGACUUAUUGAUGCUGUUAUUAUGCCAAAGAAAAUUUAUUGGUUAAAAACUAUUUAUUGUCUAUAUGUAUUGAUCUCAUCGAGUGCAUUGCAAUCAUGAUCCAAGACAGAUUAUAAUGCUCAGAUGUACUGUAGGUUUGGUGGCCACUUCUCUGUUGAUAUAUUUUGCUUGAAACUCUUUGUGGUGAUUCCAAAUAUGUUUUAGUAUAAUUCUAAGGAUUUUUGUACAGUAGUAUUUAUAUUAUUUGAUAUGUCCAUAAUGACAAUUUCUAAUACAGUAUUGUUUUGGGAGAGAAAAAAAUAAAAGGUAACAGAGACUGAUGAAGAAGAUACUAAAGUGCACAGACUCUCAUUUUUGGUUCAAUAUUAGAUGUCCUCUGCAAGUUAGGGGCUAAUUUUUAAAAUCAGAAUUACCUUGAUAGUUUUUGCUUUUAUUGUUAAAGUAUUUGGAGUGAACUGUAUCAAUUUUGAAGUGGAAAUUAAAACCUUUGAAACAUGAAAUUGUUGUAAUGGGAUGUCUGCAAUUAUAUUGAGAAAUUAAUAUUUUAGCCAUUUAUAAAGUUGAGAGAAUAAUAUUAAAUACAUCAUAGUACUGUUCUGGUUCUGUGCUUCUCUUACUGUACUGUUGCUCUACACAACUGACUACUGUCUUGGUACAUGAUAUUUCAUUUUAAAAAUUUCAGUGAAAUAACUGGAAGUAAAAUAUAUUGUCCUUCUAAAGUGAGCACAUGUGUGUAAAUGGGUUAAAGCACACAGUUAAGAUUAUGUUUUGCUGCAGUUGUAGUGAAAAUCUCAUGCCAGAAGUUCAAGUAAGAUGACAAAACCCAAAUUUCUGACCUAUGUACCAUUCUGCAAUAGUUGAUAUAAUGUUCAGUCUACAUAACUUAGCCAAAAUUGUUUUAGGAAAUCUACUUAAAUUUGCCAAACAUUCGUUUAGACAAUCUACUUAAAUUAGCCGAUACACUGGGAAAAUCUUCUUCUUAGCAUACAGUAUAUAUUGUAUACAGUAUAAAUAAUUAGUUGCUUGGGGGGUGAUGUGAUUCUGGCUGUUCACUUCCAAGUACUGUACUCUUUCCUGCCUUGUAUAUCCUGCAUUUCCGUUGACCAGUGUACCACAGUUUUUUAUUUAUUUGUUUUCUUCAGAACUUUUAUGUUAUGAAAACACUCUUAUUUUUGGGCCAGUUUUAUACAGUACUGACAAUAAUUGGAAUUCUUCUCUUUCUUCCUAACAAUGAGUACGUUAGAUAUACUGUACAGUACAGUACUUUAAUUCUAGGUACAGGUAUUCCAUUUUUGAUGCCAUGUAUUAACUGGGGUACACUUGUAUGUGUUUUUAUUACAUUAGUCACUCUUGUUGUCACUAGGAUUUUUAUUAUUGUGUAAUUUGAGGUUGGUACAAUACCUGAUUUGAAAAUAAUGAUGUCUUGGAAUUUAAUUUGGCAAUGGAUAUUUGUGCUUUUGGUAAGAUGAAUGUUAAUGCAUAAAGUUAUGUCUCUUAUAGGCCGUGUGAAAGGCAAGGUGAUUAUUGUUGUAAUUUUUAAUUGUGUCAAGAAAUUCCUUUAAGAGAUGUCAUUGCACCUGACAUGACCUUCCUGUUCUCAACCUUAUCUUGUUACUGUACAUUUAUUAGUGAUAUCCCUCCCUUAGAUUUACAGAACACUAGUUUUCAUGAAAUAGCUGUUUCCUGCAUAUAGAUUCUUUUAGUAGCCACUGAACACCUCUCUAUGUUAACACUUUGUACUCUUGUCAUGAAUAUAUUCUAACACUAAAUACUGUAUACUGUCUCUUGCUUAUCAUUCAGUUCAUUCAUGUAAUGCCACAUAUAUCAUAACAGUGAAAUUCCACUGCAGUAUAGGAGAAGAAUGAAACAAAAUCACUAUAUAUUUUGCUCAUAUACAGUGCUUUUGUUUUUCAGUGUUUUUUUCUCUUGUAGUGGGAUUUCAGUGUCAUUCUCACUUAUUUACUGCAUGUUACCAUUUCCACAUUAAUUCAUUGUCAUAUCUAUCAUUAUAUAACCUUCAUUCCUCAUAUUUUAGUAUCCAAAAGAAAGGUCUUAUCCAAAUGUGCACUGUACAGUAUUUAUGAUUGUGUUUAGAGACAUUUUCUGAACUUGUGAACCACAUCAUGUUGCAUGUUUCUGCAAAUAUUUAUAGCAGUGCACAGAAAUGUACAAUAAUAGAGCUGUAGAGAGUACUGUGUGUCUAUUUCUUGUUAGUAGAGUAUACUAAUCAGUUAUUGCAAUAAUAUCUUCUUUUUGCCAUUUCAUGUAGUACGGUAUAUAAAGAAUAAUAUGAGGUAUAUUCAAUAAUUUGUCUUCACAGUUUCAGGCUUCCUCACAGUCUCUGAUCAUAAUGGUGAUAACACCUGAAUAUAUCAUCAAAAGUGUAAGUCUGGAGGAAAAUAAAUUACAAAAUGCCAACUGCCACCUUAGUUGACGGCAGAGGAAAAGAUCUUGAAACACUAUAAAUCUCUUUAACAAGCAACUUGGGAGAUAAGAGAAUACAAGUGACCACACUUAAUAUUACUGUACUAGGAUAUGGUGGUUACCCAACUUUUUCUCCAUAAGUUUCAGUAUGUACUACCACAUAAAUUUAUGGCCUACAGUAUGUGCUAUAUUUAUAGCCAGUUGGGUAAACAUAUUUUGGCUCUGAUGAAGCUAACUGUUAAAUAAGGUAAUGGCAUAAUUGAUCAAGGUAGAUACAUAAUAGACAAUUUCUUAACCAAAUGUGGGGAUAUAGUAAAGUGGAAAUCGUAAAAGAAAGAAUUCCUUGGGAAAUUAAAAUUAAGUGGUGCUUAUACACUGGAAGUUUAAACACAGUAUAUUUUUAGGCAGUUUGGCAGGAAAUGAAGUAAUUGUAGGGCUGAGUGGUAUUCCUCAGAGACCAGUGGAGGACUUUUAACAUACAUGUAAGGCCAUAUUCCCUGGGUAAGGGAGGAUGCAGUCACCAUAAUAAGGGGAGGUUGUCUUACCCUCAGAGGAUAUGAGGGUGUGUGCAAGGUUUGCAUUCAACUUACUUUUAUUGAUAUUUGUUUUUUAUGCAAAACUCAUAACUGCAUUUGGCAGGAUACAGUUAAAAGGGUUUUGAUGUUAUGAUCUUAUUAUAAUUGCCAAGUAUCCCAUUUAUUUUUAUUUUUUAGUCAAAAUUAAGCAUAUGUUGGUUUUUUAUUAUUCUUGUUAAUGUGUGGUAUACUUAAGUUGAAAUUACAUUGUUAUUGAUUCUUAUGUCAUAGUAUAAAAUCUUUUAUAUACACUGUACCUGUAUGUAUAUAACCACUGAGGAAAAAGAAUUUAAUGUUUCACUUUCCUUACUGGUUAUCAGCAUAUACCUGUACAUAGAUCAUGUGUACCUACAAUAUAUAUAUAUAUAUAUAUAUAUAUAUAUAUAUAUAUAUAUAUAUAUAUAUAUAUAUAUAUAUAUAUAUAUAUAUAUAUAUAUAUAUAUAUAUAAUACAGUACUAUUAUGUUACUUGCCUAUUUCCUAUAUGAUUUUAUUAAUAUAAAACUUCCAGAUUCUCUAGUAAGAAGUGCCUAUUGUUAGCUUGCUGCUGAAGUCUGUUCGAGAACAUUUUAUCCUUUUAACCACUUUCAUGUACAGUAUUGAAUGAAGUAAGAGAUAAUGUCUGGGUAGGCAUUGUUAAGGAAGAAUGUAGUGUGAUGAACUACAGUAUAAUCAUGUAUUGAGAUUGAACUUUAAUAAUAGAAAAGGUAUGUUUUAAUUUAUCUAAAUUAUUUACUUGCACCUCUGCAUUAGAUCUCCCUCUUUUAUAGUUAAAUCCAAUAUAAGGUAAAGAGCUGUAUUGUACUAUUAAUCAGUUUCACUGCUGUUUAUCUGUCCAGUGCUUUUCUUUAUUCUACACUUCUGCCUUAAACACUUUCCAAGUGUGGAUGUCUUGUUCUUACUACUAAGUACAAUAAAAAAAAUUCUGGGCUAGAAGGCCUAUUACAGCUGUUGAUCAGUCAUCCCUUAUUAUAGAAGCAUUCAAUAACUAGUGGGUAAUCAAAUCCCUGUGGCAGAAUUCUUGUCUACUUUAGACUGAUUCUCACCAUAAGUAUACAUUUUGUUGUAGGAGGGAAUCCAGUCCUACUUUACAAAUUCCGUAAUGUAAAAUGUGGAUCAAGAACCAUUCUCUCGUGAGACAAUAAUUGCAUCACUGAACUUCAGUCAAUGGAGUUUACUGUAUUUCUUUUAGUUUUGUUAAAGCUACAUUUGCAACCCUUUAAUUAGGUAUAAUGAAAUAUAAUAAAAUACAAUUUUAAUAAGUUUUAAGUCUGAAUAAGCCAUCAAAUUUAUUACAUGUUGGAUAUCCCUUAUCCGAAAUUCCCAAGUCCAAAAUGCUCUGAAAUCCGAAAGUCUAUUUCAUUAUAUUUAUGGUAGAUAAUAAACUGAAUAUGGCAGAUAUGAUAAUUUUUACUAGGGUAAGUAUGUAUGUGUAAUGAAUAAAGGUAAGACAUAGGCUGCUUAGCGCCUCAGAGUCAGGCGUCAUGGCUAUGCCAAACAGACGGUAGUGAUUGCUUACCGUUCUGGGUCUUUUGUGUACAUUUUAUCAUAUAUUUUAUAACCAAAAUGAUUUAAUUAUAUUUCAUAAAACUACCUGCAGAAUAUAUGUAUCCAUAAAGCUGUAAAUGAAAUAUAAAUAAAUUUUGUGCACAGACUUGGGCCCCAUCCCUGCUGGGUGAGCUACUGCAUUAUACAGGUUCUGUAUACUGGAUAUAGGUAUUACAAAAUCCAAAAAUAUCCCAAAUCCGAGACCCUUAAGACCCCAAGCAUUUUAGAUAAAGGAUACCCAACCUGAAAUAGACUAGCAUUCCCUUCAUGUAGCACUGAAGACACAUUCAUUACUUUGGUAUAAAAAUUUUAUGAAUUUAAAUCACUAUUUUUUAAUUGUUAAUAUACUGUAGCUCAUGUAGAAUCUCCUAACAUCAGGAAAACCGAGUACAUAUUUCACUUUUUAUACAGUGUUGCUUGUCAUAGUCUCUCACUACACCCAUUUUUCUUUCCCAGUAUAGAGGAUUUUAAGGAAAAAACUAAAACAUUCAACCAAGUUCAAUCUCAAUACAGGAGUUAAGUACCAUCACAUUAUUUUAUAUUGUUUCUUCAAGUCGUUUUGGAUGAAACAAUCAUUCACUAUAAGAUGAGUGAUGUUCUAGUGACUGUGCUGUAGGUGUAUCUCCACAUCCCUCUGGAAACCCUAUGUAAAAAUUUUCCUAUUGAUCCUAAUACACCAUUCAAGAUGCCAUGUACUUUGAGAAGUGAAUUUAGUGUUUAUAUUGCAGAGGCCUUGAUUGUUAAGCAUAUCCAAAUUAUAUCUUGGCAAACAUUUGCACUGUCACAUUAAAGACUUUGGCAAUACACAACUAAGCAGAUUUAAGGAGAUUUUGCUGUUAUGGUCUACAGUCUUCUUCCUGUGGUAACAAUAGACCAGCUGCUGCUUUGUGCCAACACACUAAUAGUUGCAUUUUUACUUGUUAUAUCCAAGGAACAACAGCACAAAUGUAUUUUUUUCUUAGAUUUAUAUUUACAAAUGGUUGUUAUCUUCCUUGCCAUGUUCAGCAUUUAUAUGACUGAAAUGUGUAGUACCUAAUGUUCAGCUGCAGUUCAUUGUUUAGAUAUCAGAUUUAUAAUAGUGCAGAUUUAUUUGUUCACAGUAGGUCAAGACACAAUAGUUGUAGAAAUUAAAGUACAGUAUUUAAUGUUGUUGAAGUGUUUUAUGAAUUGUAUAACAGUAUUCAUUUA